AACCGACUGAGCCCCGCCCCCCCCCCCCCCCCCCGGGCGCCCCUGGGACCUAGCAACCGAGAACUUGGAAGGUGAGGACAACGGGUGGCAGCAUGUGGGGACAGCGGAAGCCUGAGGAGACGGCCUUGGAGGCGAGCGGCUGGCUGGUGCGGUGGCCGAGGCCUCCCGGGUGCCCUGCCAAGGAGCAGCCGUGGAGGAGCAAGGAGGGUGUCCUUAGAGGAGGAGCUGCGUGGGCUUCUGUGCGUCCGGCUCGGUGGCCGGCCGCCCUCCUCCCCCAGACGCUCCUCCCCGCGGAGACUGCGUCACUCCUUAGUGGAGUGGUACCGCAUCAGCGUCACCCACCAAUGAAGACUAAGGAAAGUUUCCCUGGGUGCGCGGCCGCCAUGCUUCUGUUCAAUGGCGCUAACUGCCAAGUGGCAGGUUUUGCUAUCACCACGGUCGGAUGGAUCCUCACCACCACUUCUAUGGGCCUCGUGGAGUGGAGAGUGUGGUACCUGGACAACACCUCUCUCUUUCCCUCUGGCCUGGUGUGCGUGGGAAUGUGGAAAGUCUGCAUUUACCACCACAUCAGCAACUAUAACAGAGCCUCAUUUUGCCACCGUUACAAGUACCGUGAUACUUACCUCCCUCUUGAUAUUCGUGUUUCUCAAAAUCUCCUGCUGGUCGCCAGCAUUCUAGGCCUUUUAGGGAGAGCCUCCCUCAUCUUUGUACUUAGAAAUGCGUGCAUGGGAGUUCUUUGGAAGAAUGCCACCUUCAUUCCAUCUGUUGCGUCAGGAAUUCUGAACCUGGCUGCUGGCAUCUGUAUCUCAGUCGCUGUGGUCUGGAAUUACCACUCCGUGAUGAAUGAGGAGGGUAUUACCUUCCCCCCGUCUCUCUCUAUACCCUUCAAGCCAAAUACUCAGGAGAUUGGCAAUGCCUUUCUGGUGGCAUGUCUGGCUGCCUUCAUGAUGAUGUUAAGUGGGUUACUCUUCCUCUCUUACAAAUUCCCCAUGGUUAGCCAAGUGCAUCCUCAAACUUCAGAGAUGUAAAACUCCCGGUUGCGUUGGCUUUGCGAAUCCAGCUUGCCCAAGAGUUUAUGAGAAGUAUUAGUAGGAUGUUCUAUCAACUAUUUCCAAAGAUUCAAGACCAUGGCAAAGGUAGUUUGGGCAGAAGGUGGCCAACUAUUUCCUUCCUUUACCUUUACCUUCUGUGUCUUCGUUUCAUUGAUUCACCAGUUCAUUGAUUGAAUUGAGGAAAUUUCGUUUAAAAAAAAAAUCUUCCUCACCUGCCACUUGGUCUUACUGGAUCUGUAUUUUAAUUAUUGUUGAAUAAAUAAU